AUGAUCACAGUCAAUUCCGAUGGGAAAAUAAUGGUCAGAAGAUGUCUGGUCACCUUGAGACCCUUUAGGCUGUUUGUUCUGGGAAUCGGUUUCUUCACACUCUGCUUCCUGAUGACAUCCCUGGGAGGCCAAUUCUCUGCCAGACGCUUGGGAGAUUCACCUUUUACUGUCCACACAGAAGUUAUUGGUGCAUUGGAGUCCCGGGUUGUCCUACGAAAGAUGAGUGACCUAUUGGAGUUGAUGGUGAAGCGCAUGGACACGAUGGUGCGUUUGGAGAAUGGCAGUGAAUUGCGCAGAGGUGAUGAGGAACAUGCUGUGGAUAGAUUCCCACCAGGUGCCAAGCUGAUGGAGAAGAUCCAGGCGAUUGCCCAGAAUGUCUCUGACAUUGCCGUGAAGGUGGAUCAAAUCCUGCGCAACAGUGUCCUGCACAGCAAGGUGUCUGAAGGCCAGCAGGAUCAAUGUGAGGUGCCCAAUGACCCCAAAUACCCAGACUGCUCUGGAAAGGUAGAGUGGAUGCAUGCUCGAUGGACGUCUGAUCCCUGUUAUGCCUUCUUUGGUGUGGAUGGCACUGAGUGCUCCUUCUUAAUAUACCUCAGUGAAGUAGAGUGGUUCUGUCCCUUAAUGUCUUGGAGGAAUCAAACAGCAGUGUUGCCUGCCCCUAAGCCCCUGCCCAAAGUCCAGGCAGCUUUCCGGAGCAAUCUCUCCCAUCUCUUGGAGCUGAUUGGAAAUGGGAAGGAGUCAUUGAUCUUCAUGAAGAGGAGGAUCAAGCAGUUGGCAGCUCACUGGGCUCUGGCAGCACGACGCCUGGAAGCAAAGCUAAAGGGAGCCAGGAGAGACCAGAAGCAGAUCCUCAUCCAUAUUGGUUUCUUGACAGAGGAAUCUGGGGAUGUGUUCAGCCCAAGGGUACUGAAAGGGGGGCCCUUGGGUGAGAUGGUACAGUGGGCAGACAUCCUAGCUGUCCUCUUCGUCCUGGGUCAUAACCUCAAGAUCACUGUGUCCUUGAAAGAGUUGCAGAGUAACUUAGGGGUGCCGCCAGGCCGGGGAAGCUGUCCACUCACCGUGCCCCUGCCGUUUGACCUCAUCUAUACUGACUACCAUGGCCUGCAGCAAAUGAAACAACAUAUGGGACUCUCCUUCAAGAAAUACAGGUGUCGAUUCCGGGUCAUUGACACCUUUGGCACAGAACCUGCAUACAACCAUGAGGAAUACGCCACUCUGCACGGUUACCGAACCAACUGGGGUUACUGGAACUUCAACCCAAAGCAGUUCAUGACGAUGUUCCCUCACACACCGGACAACUCCUUCAUGGGCUUUGUGUCAGAGGAACUCAACUCAACAGAGAAGCAGCUUAUAAAGAACAACAAAGCCAGCAAUAUGGCUGUGGUAUACGGCAAGGAAGCCAGCAUCUGGAAGAUGCAGGGCAAGGAGAAGUUUCUGGGCAUCUUGAACAAGUACAUGGAGAUCCAUGGCACUGUGUACUAUGAGACCCAGAGGCCACCAGAGGUCCCUGCCUUUGUGAAGAACCAUGGCCUUCUGCCACAGCAGGAAUUCCAACAGCUAUUGCGAAAAGCCAAGCUCUUCAUAGGGUUUGGCUUCCCCUAUGAAGGCCCUGCUCCUCUAGAGGCUAUUGCCAAUGGCUGCAUCUUCCUGCAGUCUCGCUUCAGUCCACCUCAUAGCUCCCUCAACCAUGAAUUCUUUCGAGGAAAACCCACUUCCCGAGAGGUAUUUUCUCAACACCCCUAUGCUGAGAACUUCAUUGGCAAGCCACAUGUGUGGACGGUUGACUACAACAACUCAGAAGAGUUUGAGGCUGCCAUCAAGGCCAUCAUGAGGAUUCAGGUUGAUCCCUAUCUUCCCUACGAAUACACCUGUGAAGGGAUGCUUGAGAGGAUCUAUGCCUAUAUCCAGCAUCAGGAUUUCUGUGCAACCACAGAACCCUCCCCACUGGUGGCUCCAUCCCAACCUGCUCGAGCCCCCAGUGCCCUGGCACCCAAUGCCACACACCUGGUUUGGCCCCACAAUGCCAGCCUAGGCUCAGAAGCCUGGCCGCCUGUGCACUCACUUCAGGGCUGGCUGGCAGAGACUGGGAGGACGUGCACGGAUACCUGCUUGGACAGGGGCCUCAUCUGUGAGCCUUCCUUCUUCCACUUCCUCAACACCCAGGAUGCUUUCCUGAAGUUGAAUGUCAGUUGUGAUCGAACUGAGUCAGAAAUGAAUCAUCUGUACCCGGCCUUUGCCCAGCUAGGUCAAGAGUGCUACCUGCAGAAAGAGCCGAUACUCUAUAGCUGUGCUGGCUCCAACACCAAAUACCGCCGGCUCUGCCCAUGCCGAGACUUCCAGAAGGGACAAGUGGCCCUCUGCCAGGACUGCUUGUGAUGUCUUCAGGUUAAGCCGGGGGUAGGGGCUACUGAUAGCCUCCUUUGUGCCAACUUUCCUCUAUCUAUAUCCUCCUCUUCAUCUCCAUCCCCUGUCUCCCACUUCACUGAGAACUGUUGAGAUAUGCUGGCUACCCUGCCCCAUUCCCAGGAGAAAGCACCAGCAGUUUCAGUUCUCCAUGGCCCACCCUCCCUGACUUCAGGCUGGGACAUUCCUAGUGGUGGAAAUGGGUCCUUCUCCAAGGCAGGAAAAUGGUAAUAGUAGAGUAACAAGCCUCUCUGGAGAGAAGGGGAAAAGAACUAGUCUUAUACCUUCAGUCUCAGUUCUAGGCUCAUGAGUCUGACCACUGAAAGGCUUAGAUACCAGCGGAUUUAGCUGAGGGGAGGAGAGGUGAAUUAGAAUGCCCCUAUGAAAAAACAGCCUGAAUCUAGGGGUUCCCCACCCCCAUGACAUCAUCUUCUAUGUUCUGCCAAACUAGAUGUGGACCAAGAGAGAGAAAAUUUUAGACAUCUUGGGCCCAGGGCAAGAGCCAUUAAUGUGUACAUGAGUGGGAACAGAGAGCAGGGAAAGAGGCUAAUUUGAAGGUCCCUAUAGAGAGGUCAAGGGAAAGGACUUUGUCACCCUCCCUGACCUCAAUGAGUGACACAUGAGGAAAUUGAACCUUAAUGCUAGUUACCUUUGGGCAACCUCCUUUAUUUAUGGGACUUGCAUCAUCAUUCUGGGCCCUGGUCUUCUGCAAGACAUGGUCAGGGCAGGAGAGUUAGAUGAGGGGGGGGCCUGGUAGUCUUUGGUGCUGCCUCUGAUCUAUUGCCUUCCUUCUUUAUGGCUCUUCACUGAAGAGCCAAAGUAGCUGAACAGCUCUCAGGUCCCCAGCACAAGCCACCUUCAAUUAGCAGGGGCCAGCUUUGGGGGUGUGAGGACUGUUACUCAGGCCUUGGGAGCUGAGCUUUCCACCCUGUAAUUCCAAAUUCCCUCUUUUGGGCCUGGGCUUGAAAUCUAUUUAUUUUCCCUGACCCAGAGACAGUAAGUUUAGUUCUAAAUCAGAAAUAAAGCAGCCUAGGCCCAUGGUGCAAAGUCAGUGACCCUGCUAUGCAGGGGCCGGGACUAGGAAAGAGGAUGGGAUGACUCUCUCCAAGCCUUCCAGGCAAAUCCCCAGGACUUCCAAGUCAUUCUGUUGGUGGAAUUUCUGAAGGCUCAGGCCACUGUAGCUCCCUUCCCUCCGUCGUUUAUCUUCAUUUAAGAGAAAUGCAGUUUUCCAGAAACGACUCCAUGACCCUCUAAAAAAGCCUCACCCUGAGGGUAAAGUUCAGAGUUCACUCCCAGGUGCUUGCCUACACAGGGGUGGGUAUGGGUAUCUGGAGCCAGCUGCACAAGCACAUUGCAAAAUUUAAAGUAACACAUGAA